AGUAUUGUAGGCCCAAAGAUAAACAGCCACACUGUGCUCUUGGUGUUAUUGUUGUUAACUAUAAAUUCGUCUCUAAUAGCAUAUUUGGUUAAAAACAAUUAUGCGAUUUCUGGGCGAUAGCUUAUAGCGCCCAUCGAGGGCAAUGCAAAUCAAAGACGACACCUCAACUGUCCCCACAACGCCUUCAAUUGAGAGAACGUCAAAGCGAGUGCCUGGACUUGGCCAGGCUAAAUAAUAAGUAAAUUCCGGAGAAUCGGGUGGCAAGCACAUCACAAAGAUGUCUACGGAGGAACAUGUGUGGCGAGCGCAUGUUGUGAGACGAUUACGCGAACGCAACCGCAAGGAAUGCGAUAACUUCAAGGAAAUCAUAGAACAAAACAACCGAUUAAUUGACCAUGUCGCCCAGCUGAAAGCGGACAACCUGAAGCUGUCUGUGGAAAAUGAACAGCUACGCAGUGCGGUGUCAACAGGUGGUACCGGCUCUAAUGUAGCCAUUGCCACGCUAGAGAAGAAACUGCUCGCCCAGCAGGAAGAGCUCACGGAGCUGCACAAGCGAAAGGGUGAAAACUCCCAGUUAAUCGUCGACUUAAACCUGAAAGUGGAGCAACAAAGAACAAUCAUUGCAGAAAAAGAACACAGCCUUGCCGAGCAGCAAACGAAUAACAAUCGGCUGCGGGCUGAAGUGCAGCUACUUCACUCUAGUUUAGAGGAACUCAAGAAACUGAACAACACCAUGCUGGACGAGCAUACGGCUUUGCAAUUAGCAUUUAGCUCACUCGAGGAUAAAUUGCGGGGCGUCCAAGAUGAAAAUCGCUGUCUGCUCGACCGUCUGAUGCGCUACAAGUCGAAGGAUGCUGACAAGUUGAACGAGGAAAACGAGAGCAUCAUAAGAAAAAGACUGCCGUCAAUUUUCAGGAAACGAUCGGCCAAACUGAAACGAGAUCUCGAGGACGCCGUGCGAGAGCCCAGCUCCUCGACCAAUAUAUCACCGACGCCCGGACCAACACCGAUUCAAAGAAACUCCACGAGUCCUGCCCAGUUUGUUGGCGGCAUUAUCGGCGGUGACGACGAUUUUGACGAAGCGACAAUUAAUGGCGCCAUGGAGGCUAUAGGUCUCGAUGAUAAUGAAUAUAUUAGCGCUCGUUUUACAGCCGGCGAAGUUACUGAGAACACCCGGGCUUCCAUUGAUGCUCUAAAAGCAACAGGUUAUUUGGGUCAGGCGAAUCCGACAAAGAUACUUAUGAAAUUCGAGGCCCACGAAAACGAAUCGCAUGCGGUGCGCUGGAGUCCCGUGGAGCGGAUGGUGGCUACAGGUGGCGCUGAUCGCAAAGUCAAGCUGUGGGAUAUUGGGAAAAAUUCAACCGAGCCACGCGCUGUUCUUAGCGGGAGCAGCGCCGGGAUUAAUUCCGUGGAUUUUGAUUCUACAGGGGCGUAUAUUCUGGGUACAUCAAAUGAUUAUGGUGCCAGAGUAUGGACGGUAAUGGACAAUCGGUUGAGGCACACGCUGACGGGUCACAGUGGAAAAGUAAUGGCUGCUAAAUACGUCCAAGAGCCCAUUAAAGUGGUGACCGGAAGUCAUGAUCGUACCUUAAAGAUUUGGGAUCUGCGCAGCAUUGCUUGUAUAGAAACGAAAUUUGCUGGAUCGAGCUGCAACGAUCUCGUCACCACCGACAGCCUGGGUUCCACGAUCAUUAGCGGGCAUUAUGAUAAGAAGAUCCGAUUCUGGGACAUACGAACCGAGAAGCAGGCAGACGAUGUCCUUAUGCCAGCUAAAAUCACCUCGCUGGAUUUGUCAAAAGAUUGCAAUUACCUCAUAUGCUCUGUAAGAGAUGAUACUAUUAAAUUAUUAGAUUUACGCAAAAAUCAAGUUAUAUCCACGUUCACAAAUGAACACUUUAAAAUCAGCUGUGAUUUUGCUCGGGCUUCCUUCAACUCGAGCGGCUUGAAGAUCGCUUGCGGAUCGGCGGAUGGAGCAAUAUACAUUUGGAAUGUAAAUGGUUUCCUAGAAGCCACGCUUAAGGGACACAGGUGGGAAGAAGAUAAGAAUAAGAAUAGAGUUAAGCCUAACACCGCGGUGAAUGCAGUCAGUUGGUCGCCGAACAACAAUAUGCUGGCUUCUGUUGGAAAGCACAAGCGAUGCAUCAUCUACUCGGAUUCGUAGCCCCCAAUGUUGCCAUAAAUGUCAGUCAGUUCCAAAUCACUGAAACGCUUAUAGUCAGAGCUGUAAUAAAUUGUGCGGCCAUGCGGAGUCUGCUGUAAAUAGUAAAUGCGGUUGGCGAUUGGACGAGGUAAUUCCAGUGCCGACUGUUUUAAUUAUUUGAUUAUUUUAUUUAUACUUGAGAAGCAUAUAGUGUAUACAAAUUGUAUCAAUUCAUAUAUUAGAGUAUAAGUACAUGUUUUCCUAUUGUAAAAAUAAAAUUAUAUAUACAUAGACA